GCGGAAGCGUGUUGCCGCUCGCCUUCCUUCUGUGCCGGGGUGGGCCGCGGUAGGCCCGGGCGGCCUCUGCCGCUGCCCUGGCCGCGGGACGCGCCCGGCUUUCCAUUAGCGUGCUCCCGGUGACCUCCCUCUCUUCCCAGGGCCGUGGCUGCGGUGGAGCAGCUUCGUGCGAGUGGAGCGUGCAGAACGGUUCGGAGUUCCCCCAGUCAAAGGUGGCCAUAAUCAUGAUUAGUUUCUAUAAUCCAUCCCAGUGCUCUAUCAGGAAAUGGACUGGGACCAGUUCGACUUGAACCCUAAAGUAGUUGCUGCCCUUAAGAAAGCUGACAUAAAAUCAAUAAAACAGAUUUUAAAUCUUUCUGGAGCAGACUUGCAAAGAUUGAUGAAACUAUCCAGUGCAGAUAUACAGUGCUUACUGAAAACAGUCUCUCACACGCUGAGGAGAAAUAGUAUGAUUACAGCACUUCAGCUCUACCAAGAUAAAGAUCAUCUCACCUCCCAACACCAGAAGCUAAGCCUAGGAUGUUCAGUAUUAGAUACCUUGUUAAAAGGUGGCAUUCCUUUAGUGGGAAUCACAGAACUCGCUGGGGAAAGUUCUGCUGGGAAGACUCAGAUUAGUUUACAGCUGUGCCUUUGUGUGCAGUAUCCUUACAAAUAUGGUGGAUUAGAGUCUGGAGCUGUCUACAUUUGUACAGAAGAUGUAUUCCCAAGUAAACGUUUGCAACAACUCAUAGAUCAACAACAUAAGCUGCGUGCAGAUGUUCCAGCUGAAAUCAUACAGAAGAUCAAAUUUGGAAACAGCAUUUUUGUUGAGCAUGCAGCAGAUCUAGAUACCUUUCACAACUGCAUUACUAAAAGGAUUUCCCUGCUGCUCACAAGAGGCAUGGUGCGGUUGGUGGUCAUAGACUCUAUUGCUGCUUUGUUUCGAUGCGAAUUUGGAGUUUCAGAUUCUGUUAUGAAGGCUCGGUAUUUGCAGACAUUUGGAGCAGAGCUUCACAGUUUAAGCACUAGAUUCAGGACUCCAAUAAUGUGCAUUAAUCAGGUGACCGAUGCAGUGAGUGAGUCGGAAGCAGCUCAGUGCAGUUGUAGUGUAGUGGGUAACAGAGUCUGUCCAGCACUUGGAAUAACCUGGGCGAACCAACUGCUAAUGAGACUGAUGGUCAGCCGAGUACCACAACCUGCACCAUCAUCUGGAGUUGUGUCACACCCCACUGGAAGUGUGAGGACUUUAAGAGUAGUUUUUGCUCCUCAUCUCCCUUCAUCCUCUUGCUGCUAUACAGUAAAAUUGGAAGGUGUGAAAGGCAUAAAAUAAAUCCUUUGCACAGGAAAGCAUCCUGCUCCAAAAAUGUAUCAAAACUUUUGCUUCAGGAGGAAUUACUAGUAAAAUGAAAUUCUCCCUAGAUGAGAGAAGUGGAUGCUGAAAUAUAUAAGCGGUGAUAUGACUGUAUCAAGCCAGUGAUAUUGUGCAAGAAGACCUUUUUAUACCUGGACAUAUGUUCAUCAGCUUUUCCUCUUGAGAUAAGAAUUCCAAAGGAGAGUAAAGCUGUGGGCAGGGGGAGGCUGCACAAUGGAGUGUGAUGUGUCCGAUUGUUUGAAUAGCACACUCAUCUAGGAACAGUGUGUACUGCAGCUGUGUACCUUCUCUUGUUUCCAGACCCAAAGGGACUCAAAUUCAACAAGUCACUAUUGCCUGCUGGUGUUCCUGGGCCUCAUGCUGUGCUGCUUCUACCUGGAGGCCUUCAGAAGUAACAGAAAGCAACUUUGUCCCAGAGCAGCCAUCCUAUGUUAAAACCACUUGUUAUUAAUAUUAGGAUUUUUUAAAAAUACCAGAAAGAUAUUCAAGUUUAGCAUCUUAAUGUAAGAAUUAAAACUGUACCACUUUUGUACUGUAUGGGUAUAUCUACCUUCAUAGAACUUCUACAGAUUUUUUGGAAAUGGUUCUUUUCCUGCUUUCCAGUUCCCUCAGAAAAAGCCUCUGUACUCUCUUCCAUUUGAAAAGUAGCGAUUCACCUGCCAUCCCCUUGCUCUGCUGCCCCUGGUGAAGCUGUGUAGCCAGGUGGUUUUCCUGCUCUGCACAUCUCUGUUUUGUUUGCUCUGGAUAGAUUCUUCAUCAGCUUCUGGAUCCCUGCCUGUAGUAUCUUCUCUCCUUACCACUGGGGUCUUUGUGCUUCUGAAGGACACUUUUAGCUGUUUUCAGGCAUCCAUGGAGCUGCCCAUCAUGUUACUCUGCUCAGGGUCUUUUUUGUUCUUAGAGCUUUACAUGUUUUUUUCUCCAUCUUUAACACAUCUUUUCCUGUUGACCUCAGACUGCUGCUAUGACUUGUGCUUUUUCUAGUCAUUGCUGAAUUCACGUGGGUGAAGGCUGGAUGAAGUUACUUGUGCACAUUUUCCAAAGGCCUUACCCCUUCUUUGGCCUGUGGUAUGUGGGUGGCUGCUCAUAGCUGUGUAUGAUGCACAGACUUGUUAAGAUUUCAGAUUGCCCCCUCCUCCCUGCUUCCCCACCAGGUUGCCCAGACAAGAAGACUACCCUGUCCCAGGUUUUUCUGUGUGGUUACAUUGCUCCAGUUCUGUCUUUCGGCAGAUGAGAACCUUUUGCUCUCCAUAGGCUAAAACAAUAAACUCAUCCACAAAUACAAGUUCAGAGGAAUGAUUCUCAAGUGCCUUGGUCAAAGGCAAGUCCAGGUGGAUUCCUGUGUGUUCUUGAGGAGCACUGUGUUAGUGACAUCGCUGCCACCUCUGCCUUUCCCCCUGUAACCCUCUGUGAGGACAGAGCAGCCAUCCAGUCGUGCAGAAGCAUGCAGCCGAAAGGAAAAGUUUUGUCUGGUGUACAGGGGCUCAGCUGGCAGCUUCUCUGGGGACAACCCAGUAUGACACAAGGAAGAGACCCAGAAAGACAGUGACUGUGUGACUGCCUGAGGGAAGUUCUGGAGCAGAACAGGCACAGUCACACCUGUGAAGCUGAGCGACGGGAUCUCGAAGCAAACAGAAAAAAGGAUGAGUGGCUUUCAGUGCCUCUGAGCCCCCUGCAGUUGUCAAAGGGGACCUUGUGCGAAUAGCAUAACAAAAUGUCUUUAAAUCUCUUUUCUAAAAUGUCUUAAUUCCCUGUAUUUGAAAAUGACCAGGUUGGUUUUCUGUAAUAAAAUCCAACCAUGAUGCUUAGAAGUCUUUAUGUACUCAAUCUAAAGAAAAAGUGAGAGGGCUAUAGCUCAGAGAUGUGGCUACCUCAGUCUUCACAUCCUUAUGUUCCAUACCCCCUUCACACAGUUUUAAUGAAGAUAAACUCAUGCAGCAUAUGUAACACUCAAAUUAUUCUCUUCCAUUCCCUUUUCUUCCAUUCCUGUUUAUCUGGGACAGGGACUUUAGCCAAUAUAUUGCUCAUCCUAUUGUACUAAUUUGAUUUUAAAAAAAGCCACAGAUGGCUGUAACUUUAUAAUGGGAGUUAGUCAACCCCUACCCAGCAUUCAUUUACAAAAGAGCCUCGUCAAAGCCCAGGCUCCAAGCCCAGGAGCUUGCCUCACUGUGAACCAUUUCAGAACAGUCUGAUACAUGUCUUAAGGCUCAGUUUGCUAAUGUUGCGAUUGCUCUUCUCACAAUGUCACUGCUCACAGGAAUGAGACAGAAGUGAUGAAGUCACAGAUGGGUCUGUUUACUUGAAGAAAAACAACAAAUGAAAGUAACACCUUACCUGAGCAAGUCCUCCUGUCCUUGCCCAGGUUAUUUAAUCCCCCAGCUGGAGGCUUAAAUCUGAGUCAGAGCAUGUUAGAGUAGGUUUGGUAGCUCAUCAUCACACACAAACCCUGAACCGCUAAAAUGCCACCAGCCCAUCCCUCAGCAGCUGAAUGUUCAGCAGCAGUUUCUAUCCCUUUCUUUAGUGACUCACACACAGAGUCAGAAAUCCAGGAUGUUCAUCUGGCAGCAGCAGAGCUCUGGGGGUGCAAACUCUCAAGACUGAACUCAAGACUCUCUGAAGCCUAGGGGCAAGAGUGUUAAAAGAUGCUUAACUUUUAAUAAAUGCCAUUUAAGAACCUUCCCUUUAUACAGCUUUAUUAAUCUUUGGAUUUUACAAUUGAGAGUUGUUUCUAUACAGGAAAAUGCUGAAGUAAUUUUUUACAAAGAUUUACAUUCUAGAAUGCAUUAAGUAUAUAAUCUUUAUCCUGUAAAACUACAUUUAAAUCUUUUUCUACACUUUGAAAAGAAAUGUUAAAUGACAUUUGAGAUGCUUUUGAACAGUUUCCAAUUAAUCUACAGAUCUGUGAUGUAUUUAAAGAUGCCUUUUUCAGCAGAAAUAUCAUACAGGGUUCUGGAAAUGCAGAACCAAAUUAAUUUGUGCUUGGUGAAGAUAAAAGAAUUUACACAAUUGACCUAUUAAGAAAACAGAGGUAAUAAAGAACACUAAUGCUUAUUACAAGUUACUUGAUGAA